AUCAAGACCUGUAGCAUCAAGAUCAAAAUCAAGGAAAGUUGGCAUGUUCUGCUCGAAUUGGUUUACACCCGACUCUUCCAUAAACCUCUACAUUACGGAAGUGCAGCAAAGCCCCAAGCUAAUAUCAAGCCACUAUCAAACCAUUAUCAAGCCAUUGACAAACAGUCACCAAACCACUGACAAACGAUCACUUACGCAUCACCAUACAGUCAACAAACCAUUGCCAAAGUAUCACUAAAAGCCACUGACCAACAAUUUCCGAACCGUGAGCAAUCACUAAGUCGCUACUGGAGGACUGACAACCCAUCACCACGACUAUGAGCAACAGUGACAGUGAGAUGGUGAGGUUCAGGUCAGUGGAGGUGCUGUCCCUGUACACCACCAUGGUCCUCAAGCGUCUCGUCACAGCUGUCCAGCCUGUGGAGGACCAUCUGUCACAUCUAAUCUGUGUGUUGGAGUAUAACCUGAACAACAUGGGGGUUGACAGAAAGUGGUUCUUUGGCACGCUCAAGGACCAUGCACGGCUGUUCAACCAUGAGUGGAGACUGAAUAACAUGGAUGGCCCAGAUAAAGGAAUCAUAGCGUAUGACACACUUCUCCUGGUGAUAUUCCUCAAACUAGGGGUGGAUAAGCUCUGGAUGACUAGAAAAGCCUCCGUCCACAAUAGCAUAGUGAUGGAGGAGUUGGCCUUCCUUUACUACCCUAAGAGACCCACAUUUGCUCUAAAACAUCUGAAUCAGUGCCAUGGACUCUUUGACUAUCUAUCUAGCCAUUCACCUGACUUGGAGGAGGUGUACAUCCCACGCAGUGAUGUGACAGCCUUUCAAAACUGCAUGAAAUUUAAGAACCUGCGUGUGCUAGAGCUGGAUGGUCGCAUCUCAGACAAGGUGUUGUGUGGUGGCCUCUGGAACAUCCAUAAAAAGAGUGACAAGGUACUGGAAAUGGCCCUAAAAGAGACUAAGGGACUUGACAGCUGGCUGCUAUCUCUCCCUCACCUGGAGGUGCUGCGCAAUAAUUUCAUUGACCAACACUCAAAGUCCAUGCGUGUGUCUUUUGGAGCAGCAGCAAUGCUCAUCCAGCCCAAGAUGGAGGCUGUGGAGGUGGUGACAUCCUGGGACACCACUGCAGCCAUCAUGUAUCUCUUAGAUGCUGAAGCAAAGAUGAAGAAUGGCUCCACAAGUGAUCGUAAAUUUCAGCUAAAACGACUGAUGAUAUUCUUCAUUGAGGAUGUUGAUAAGGAUUGGCUCUGGCGACUAUUUAGGGCAUGCCCUUGCCUAAAUACCCUUUGCCUCCUGGAGAGUGAAAAAUUUCUGUGCCACUUAGAUGUGUUCAUUGAGCUCUUCCAAACUGUGCCACUGAGGAAGCUGGAACUGGACACAAAAAGCAUGAAACCUUUACACUUGGCAGCACUUUUGGUGGCAACUCCCAACUUGACUGAUCUCACACUACACACUACACCUGUUGAUCUUGCAGAGUACCACAGCUUACCCAAUAAAACUACCUGUUCAUGCAUGAAUCUGCCUCCUGCUCUUGAGUCUUUGACACUGAACUUUGCUACUACUGAGAUCAAUCAUGAGAAGGGUGUAUGUGAGAGAUUCUUGGAAGAAUUUAGGCAAAUGAUGAAGAGCUUCCUGUCAAAAUUUGCUUCUGUCAAGACAUUGAAUCUGUUCAGUACAUCAUGCCUCCCUGCUUCCUAUUUGGUGUUUGGAGGCAUAGAAGCUGCAUUAGAAGAAUUAGUUAAUUUGAAGCAACUCUCUGUCAUUGCCUGUGAUUAUAGGCAAUGUGAGGAUAAUCAAUCUGAUGAGGAUGUUGACCACAACUCUUCCUUUUUUGAACAUCUUUAUGGUCCACCCCAUUACUCUAAGGUCCGCCUCUUGCUUCCCCUCCUUCAGAGAGAAGAAACUUUCCCAUCUUUGUGCAAACUGGAAUUCUUAGAGCUGGACUCACUGUAUCUUUCACCAAGAGUAGACCGUAUGGUGGCAGCCUUGAGGGCUUCAGGGGUGCUGGUGAACACUUUUACCUCUGGUAACAUGUAUCCAAUCAAUGAGUAUUUGAUCAACAAAACUGACAAAAAGAAAUAUAGCAAAUAUGUAAAAUUACUUUCAAGUCAUUCCCAGUAUAAUUAUAUUAAUUAACAUGAAUUGAUAACUAUUAAAUCUGAUAACAUUUAACAUAUUACAUUAGGUGCUCAUGUUUAUAAGAGUUAUAAUUCCAUUAUAUCCAGAAUUAUAUUUUUAUAUCAUUAUUAUGUUGUUAUUACAAGUUGAACCUCCCAAAUCCGGCAACCACCUGUCCUUAGAUUUGCCGGACCAUGGAAAAUUCCGAACCAUAGGUGGUCCCCAAAACACCCUCUAUAUACUUACCCUGCAUUAUAUAAGUGUAGCUGUAACAUUGUUUUGAUAUAUAAUAGUUGUACAUGAAAAUAUACAUGCAGAAGUAUAUAGAAAAACACGUAAAUUAAGUUCAGCAUGGAAAAUUUUUGCCUGUGCCAUUAUCAUCUCACCGGACACAGGGACGUUACCAGUGCGCCAAAGCUUAAACCACUGUAUGAGAGCACUGUCUAAAUCACUGCUUUUAUCCUCCUUAAGUGUUCUACGAACCUCCAUGUUGUUUUUGCUCUCACACUCACUGUAAAACUUGUGAAGUUGAUUCUUCUGCUGUUUUAUAUCAUAGACGGUUGAUGAGCCAAUGUUGUACUGUUGGCAUAGGGUUUGCACUGAAACACCUUUAUGUAGCUUCCUCAAUAGGUCCACUUUCUGUUGCACUGAUAUUGUCAUAUAUUUGCACUUUUUCUUUGGUUCACACACAACACUAUCACUUCCUGGUUGCUUGGAAGCCAUUUUUAUGGGCAAAUAUUAAAGAAAAAAAUGUUUAUGCACCUGGGGGGUUGGUGCUUGCAAAUGAGCGGCAGCGUGGUACUGAUCCAAAUUUGACCAAGAAUGCUUGGACUCCAAAACAGUACAGCGCUGCUGCUUCCUAGCGACGGUCCGGCAAAUUACUCUGGACAAUUCAAAAAUUCCGGCAAACAAAAAUUUUGCCAGAUUACAGGUGUUGCCGGAUGAAAGAAUACCGGAUUAAGGAGGUUCAACCUGUACUUAUGUUUGAUAAUGUUGUAUCAAGACUGUAUCUACUCUGUAGAUUGCUUCAAUGAAUGGUGUUUUAACCUCUUCAGUAACAUGACACAUUUCCAUAUUCCUUGUGGUGACUAUUUGGUGAUUUUGUACAGCUUAACAAACUCAUGUGGGAGAUUAAAAUGGUGAAGACUGUGGUCAUUAAUCUUGUGACCUUCACAGACUUUUGCAGAUGUCAAUAAAAUGGUCUAAUGGUGCACAAAUCUUAAGAUAAAAAUGUGUCCCAGUACCGAAGGGGUUAUCGUGUGUGUGUUUUUAUUUUCAUGUAUGUUAGUACUAUUUCAUUGCUUUUUUGUACUGCUCUCUCCUCUCCUCUCUCUUCUCUCUCUC